ACCCGGACGGUGCGCGCGGCGGCGGCGGAGGGACCGGGGCGCCAUGGCGGCCGCCGAGCGCCGCGCCUUCGCGCACAAGAUCAACAGGACCGUGGCCGCCGAGGUGAGGAAGCAGGUGUCCCGGGAGCGCAGCGGCUCUCCCCACUCCAGCAGGCGCAGCAGCAGCUCCCUGGGGGUCCCCCUGACCGAAGUCAUUGAGCCCCUGGACUUCGAGGAUGUGCUGCAGAGCCGGCCGCCCGAGGUUGAGCCCGGGCCUCUCCGAGACCUGGUCGAGUUUCCCGCUGAUGACCUGGAGCUGCUGCUGCAGCCCCGAGAAUGCCGGACCACAGAGCUCGGGAUCCCCAAGGAAGGAAAGCUGGAUGCCCAGGUGAGGGCCGCGGUGGAGAUGUAUACAGAGGACUGGAUCAUCACCCACAGAAGGUACCAGCAUCUGAGUUCGGCAUACAGUCCCAUCACCACAGAGACCCAGCGAGAGCGACAGAAAGGCCUCACCCGCCAGGUUUUUGAGCAGGAUGCGUCUGGAGACGAGAAAUCCGGGCCAGAGGACUCGGAGGACCUCCGGCAUUCCUCGGGCUCCCCGGAGGACACUCCUCGAAGCAGCGGCGCCUCUGGCAUCUUCGACCUAAAGAACUUGGCAGCUGACUCACUGCUGCCCUCGCUGCUGGAGCGGGUGGCCCCCGAGGAUGUGGACCGGCGCAAUGAGGCCCUGCGAAGGCAGCACCGGGCCCGCACCCUGCUCACCCUCUACCCAGCACCUGACGAGGACGAGGCCGUGGAACGCUGCAGCCACCCGGAGCCGCCCUGCGAACACUUUGGACAGAGGAUCCUGGUCAAGUGCCUAUCACUUAAGUUCGAGAUCGAGAUUGAGCCCAUCUUUGGCAUCUUGGCCCUGUACGAUGUGCGGGAGAAGAAGAAGAUCUCGGAGAACUUCUACUUUGACCUGAACUCAGACUCUGUGAAGGGAUUGCUGCGGGCCCAUGGCACUCACCCGGCUAUUUCCACCCUGGCCCGCUCUGCCAUCUUCUCUGUGACCUAUCCCUCGCCCGACAUCUUCCUGGUCAUCAAGCUGGAGAAGGUAUUACAGCAGGGAGACAUCAGCGAGUGCUGUGAGCCCUACAUGGUCAUGAAGGAGGUGGACACAGCCAAGAACAAAGAGAAGCUGGAGAAGCUUCGCUUAGCGGCCGAGCAGUUCUGCACCCGCCUGGGCCGCUACCGUAUGCCAUUUGCCUGGACAGCCGUGCACUUAGCCAACAUCGUGAGCAGCGCUGGGCAGCCAGACCGGGACUCCGACUCCGAGGGCGAGCGCCGACCCGCCUGGACUGACCGCCGCCGUCGGGGGCCCCCAGAUCGGACGAGUAGCGGGGACGACACCUGCAGCUUCUCCAGUUUCCGCCCAGCCACGCUAACUGUCACCAACUUCUUUAAACAGGAGGCCGAGAGGCUCAGUGAUGAGGACCUCUUCAAGUUCCUGGCUGACAUGCGGCGCCCCUCGUCCUUGCUACGGCGUCUGCGGCCUGUGACCGCCCAGCUCAAGAUCGACAUUUCCCCGGCCCCCGAGAACCCCCACUUCUGCCUGUCCCCGGAGCUGCUUCAUGUCAAGCCCUACCCAGACCCCAGGGGCCGGCCCACCAAGGAGAUCCUGGAGUUUCCCACCCAUGAGGUCUACGCUCCCCACACAAGCUACAGGAACCUGCUCUACGUGUACCCGCACAGCCUCAACUUCAGCAGCCGCCAGGGCUCCGUGCGCAACCUCACCGUGCGAGUGCAGUACAUGGCGGGCGAGGACCCCAGCCAGGCCCUGCCGGUCAUCUUUGGCAAGUCCAGCUGCAGCGAAUUCACCCGGGAGGCCUUCACGCCGGUGGUCUACCACAACAAGUCCCCUGAGUUCUACGAGGAGUUCAAGCUGCAUCUUCCAGCCUGUGUGACCGAGAACCACCACCUGCUCUUCACUUUCUACCAUGUCAGCUGCCAGCCCCGGCCUGGCACAGCCCUGGAGACUCCCGUGGGCUUCACGUGGAUCCCACUGCUGCAGCACGGCCGCCUGAGGACCGGCCCCUUCUGCCUCCCCGUGUCCGUGGACCAGCCCCCGCCCAGCUACUCCGUGCUCACACCUGACGUGGCGCUGCCGGGCAUGCGCUGGGUGGACGGCCACAAGGGCGUGUUCAGCGUGGAGCUCCUGGCUGUGUCCUCCGUGCACCCCCAGGACCCAUACCUGGACAAGUUCUUCACCCUGGUGCACGUCCUGGAGGAGGGCGCCUUCCCGUUCCGGCUCAAGGACGGCGUGCUGAGCGAGGGCACCGUGGAGCAGGAGCUGCGGGCCAGCCUGGCGGCCCUACGCCUCGCAAGCCCCGAGUUCCUCGUGGCCUUCUCUCACCACGUGCUGGACAAGCUCGUACGUCUGGUCGUGCGGCCCCCAAUCAUCGGCGGCCAGAUCGUGAACCUGGGCCGUGGAGCUUUUGAAGCAAUGGCCCAUGUAGUCAGCCUCAUCCAUCGGAGUCUAGAGGCUGCCCAGGACGCCCGUGGCCACUGCCUGCUGCUGGCGGCCUAUGUCUACUAUGCCUUCCGACUGCCUGGCACGGAGCCCGGCCUCCUGGGCGGGGCCCCUCCGGUGGCAGUGCAGCCUGCCACGCUGGCCCGUGGCCCCGGCCGCCCUGCCAGCCUCUACCUGGCUCGCUCUAAGAGCAUCAGCAGCAGCAACCCUGACCUGGCCGUGGCCCCUGGCUCUGUGGACGACGAGGUCUCCCGCAUCUUGGCCAGCAAGGGUAUCGACCGCUCACACUCCUGGGUGAAUUCUGCCUAUGCUCCAGGAGGCAGCAAGGCUGUGCUGCGCCGGGCGCCCCCUUAUUGUGGGGCCGACCCCAGACAGGCCAUCGACCGCAGCUCUACCCGAACCUCUUCCUACCUCGAGAGCUCCUCCUCCGCCCCACCAGCCACCCAGCCGAGGCCCACUAUGCCGAAGCUGCUUCACGAGGAGCUGGCUCUGCAGUGGGUGGUGAGCGGCAGUGCCGUGCGCGAGGCCGUCCUGCAGCACGCCUGGUUCUUCUUCCAGCUCAUGGUGAAAAGCAUGGCCCUGCACCUGAUUCUGAGCCAGCGGCUGGACUCGCCCCGUAAGCUUCGCUUCCCCGUGCGUUUCCUGGAUGACAUCGCGGCUCUGGUGGGCUCCGUGGGCCUGGAGGUCAUCACCCGGGCCCACAAGGUAAAGGACGUGGAGCAGGCCGAGCGCCUCAACAUCAGCCUGGCCUUCUUCCUCAGCGACCUGCUGUCCCUGGUGGACCGCGGCUUCGUGUUCAGCCUGGUCCGGGCCCACUACAAGCAGGUGGCCACGCGGCUGCAGUCGGCCCCCAGCCCAGUGGCGCUGCUGACCCUGCGCAUGGACUUCACCCGCAUCCUGUGCAGCCACGAGCACUAUGUGGUCCUCAACCUGCCCUGCUGCCCGCUGUCGCCCCCGGCCUCACCCUCCCCCUCCGUGUCCUCGACCACCUCGCAGAGCUCCACCUUCUCCAGCCAAGCCCCCGACCCCAAGGUGGUCAGCAUGUUUGAGCUGAGUGGGCCGUUCCGACAGCAGCACUUCCUGGCUGGGCUCCUGCUGACGGAACUGGCGCUGGCCCUGGAGCCUGAGGCCGAGGGGGCAUCCCAGCUGCACAAGAAGGUCAUCAGUGCCAUCCACAACCUGCUCUGUGGCCAUGAUGUUGACCCCCGUUAUGCCGAGGCCACAGUAAAGGCCCGGGUGGCCGAGCUGUACCUACCGCUGCUGUCGAUCGUCCGGGACACGCUGCCACGGCUGCAUGAUUUCGCUGAGGGCCCGGGUCAACGGUCAAGGCUGGCUUCCAUGCUCGAUUCAGACACAGAAGGGGAAGGGGACUUUGGAGGCACCAUCAACCCCUCAGUGGCCAUGGCCAUUGCUGGUGGGCCCCUGGCCCCUGGCUCCCGGGCCAGCAUCUCCCAGGGCUCAGCGACUGGCUCUCGCUCCGGCUGUCCUCUCUCCGCCGAGUCCAGCCGGACCCUGCUGGUGUGUGUGCUGUGGGUGCUGAAGAAUGCAGAGCCAGCCCUCCUGCAGCACUGGACUGCCGACCUGUCCCUCCCUCAGCUGGGUCGUCUCUUGGACCUGCUGUACCUCUGCCUGGCUGCCUUCGAGUACAAGGGGAAAAAGGCCUUUGAGCGCAUCAACAGCCUCACGUUCAAGAAGUCACUGGACAUGAAGGCUCGCCUGGAGGAAGCCAUCUUGGGCACCAUUGGAGCACGACAAGAGAUGGUGCGACGGAGCCGUGAGAGGAGCCCGUUUGGGAACCAGGAGAACGUCCGCUGGCGGAAGAGCGUCACACACUGGAAGCAAACCUCGGACCGCGUGGACAAGACCAAGGAUGAAAUGGAGCAGGAGGCCUUGGUGGAAGGGAACCUGGCCACCGAGGUGAGCCUGGUAGUUCUGGACACGCUGGAGAUCAUCGUGCAGACGGUGAUCCUGUCCGAGGCCCGGGAGAGUGUCCUGGGUGCGGUGCUGAAGGUGGUGCUGUAUAGCCUGGGUAGCUCCCAGAGUGCCCUCUUCCUGCAGCAUGGCCUGGCCACUCAGCGGUCCCUGGUGUCCAAGUUCCCAGAGCUGCUGUUCGAGGAGGACACGGAGCUGUGCGCCGACCUCUGCCUGCGGCUCCUGCGACACUGCGGCAGCCGCAUCAGCACCAUCCGCACGCACGCCAGCGCCUCCCUCUACCUCCUCAUGCGCCAGAAUUUCGAGAUUGGCAACAACUUUGCUCGUGUGAAGAUGCAAGUGACCAUGUCACUGUCGUCCCUGGUGGGGACAACGCAGAACUUCAGCGAGGAGCACCUGCGACGGUCACUCAAGACCAUCCUCACCUACGCCGAGGAGGACGUGGGGCUGCGAGACAGCACUUUCGCCGAGCAGGUCCAGGACCUGAUGUUCAACCUGCACAUGAUCCUGACGGACACGGUGAAGAUGAAGGAGCAUCAGGAGGACCCCGAGAUGCUCAUUGACCUCAUGUACAGGAUUGCCCGGGGCUACCAGGGCUCCCCGGACCUGCGGCUGACGUGGCUGCAGAACAUGGCGGGGAAGCACGCAGAGCUGGGCAACCACGCGGAGGCUGCACAGUGCAUGGUGCACGCGGCCGCGCUGGUGGCGGAGUACCUGGCCCUGCUGGAGGACAGCCGCUACCUGCCCGUGGGCUGCGUUUCCUUCCAAAACAUCUCGUCCAACGUGCUGGAGGAGUCUGCCAUCUCUGACGACAUCCUGUCGCCUGACGAGGAGGGCUUCUGCUCCGGGAAGCACUUCACGGAGCUGGGGCUGGUGGGGCUGCUGGAGCAGGCGGCCGCCUACUUCACCAUGAACAUUUCGGUGCUCGCUUCGGCAGCAUAUAUACUAAAAUUGGAACGAUACAGAGAAGAUUAGUAUGUCCAUCCCUCACCAAGAAAGAAAGGAAAACUUCAAGCACACAUAAAGAAGAAAGUUGUACCCCCACCAACCCCACACCCAGCACUCAAAUUCAUCAACCACCUGUAUUUACCGUCUUGCUUCAUCGCCUCUUUACCUCCAGCUUUUUUGGGUUUUCUCUUUUGUUGUUGUUUUUUCUUGUGUUUUUUUUAGCUUUGUCAAAACAAGGCCACCAAAAAUUAGGUUGCCUCCAAAAAAAAAAAAUGGGAGAGAGGAUCUUUUUUUGAGUUUUUGUGGGGCUUUUUGACAUCUGAAAAAAACAAGAUCCCAGUUUUCACAAAUUGAUGAAACAGAACAUGAUCGUUCGGGUUUAUAAACCUUUGCUACUCAGUGUGGUCAGAGGACCAGCAGUGCGGCCAUCGCCCAGGGCUUGCUAGAACACAGAGUCCUGGGCCACCCAACUCUCUGAGCCCUGCACUGUAACAAGGUCUCAGAUUCCUGUGCACUUUAGAGUCGGAGAAAUUCCAGCUUAAGACCAAUCUGAUAUCACAGCGUCACACCCACGAGUAUCUGUGUGCAACUCCCACUGAGAAAGUCCCUUUUACACAACUUUUAUCCCGCAUGACGAAGUUAACAGGAAUUCUUUUUUAUUUUUUAAGCCUCACCCGGAGGAUAUGUUUCUUAUUGAUUGUAGACAGGAAGGGAGGGGAGGGGAGAGAGAGAGAGACAUCGAUGUGAAAGAGAAACAUUCAUGGGUUGCCUCCUGUACGCACCCCGAACAGAGACCCAUCCCGCAACCUGAGUAUGUGCCCUGAUCAGGAAUCGAACCCACAACCUUUUGGUGUAACCAACUGAGUCACCCAGCCAGGACAUGCAUUCCUUGAUAAGUUGGUGCCCGGGCAUUUAUUUUUUAUUGUUGUAAAGGAGUUUCUCCUCCAACUUGCUUGCUUGUGCGAAAGCAAUUGGUUUUUCUGCAUUUCACUUGUUGGAGAUGGGAACUGUUCCAAAGGUUUUCUCGCCUGCCCGGGGCUGCUUGCUUGACCUGUUCCUCAGUUCCUGCGCUUCUGGGAACUGAUAGUUACAUCUGGGGCCCCACUCAGUUUCAGGGUCAGGUUGCCCAGCGAGAUUUCUUUCCUGUGGGGCCAGCCCUCCUAGUGAUGUUGUUGUCAUUAUUGUCACUUCGCUGGAGUCUCACAAAGGCCUCAUGAGGGGAAGAAGCCAGAAGGUAGACAUAGACCUUCUGAUAGCCAACAUCCAGGGCACCUGCUGUAUGCCAGGCUUGAUGCUGGCACCAGCUAGGGAUAAGGGGCACCCAUGAGUGGUCACUACCAUGUGCCAGGAGGCAGUGGUCAGAGGCCAGGUGGGCAGGUGUUCCGGUCCUGACCUUGGGGAGGCGUCUCUGAGGUUCAGUGUCCCUUCUGAGGAAUUGAGGGGGGGGGGGGGAGUUCCUCCUCCCACCAAUGAAGGAACAUGGGUAAAGUGUAGAUGUACACAGUGCCUUGUCCAUCGUAAUCAUGGUGGAGACCACAGCAGGGUAUGUAGGGGCCAAGUGGAAAGGCUGAUGCCCCAUCAGGUGGGGGUGGUCAGGGUAGGCUUCCUGGAGGAGGUGG